AUGUCUGAAAAGGCCGCUCCUGCUGGCAAGUGGGCCAACCCAGCCCUUCUCGAGGCCCUCGUGAUGGGAUUCUACGGAAUUGCCAAGGGCGAAGGUCUCUCAAAGGAGGCAAAGGACUCGAUCAUCGAAAAGGUUCAUCUCUGGGGCUUCACCGACAUUACCUGGGAGGGUAUUCGGCAGCACAUCCAAAAGUUGCAGCGCAAGGAGCAGACCGCUGGUGACAGCGGCGAGGCCAGCAGCACUCCCGUUAAGAAGGCUACCAAGAAGGCGACCACUCCCCGCAAGCGCAAGACGCCCUCCAAGAAAACCAAGACCGACGACGACGCCGAGGAGAAUGAGGAUGACGAGGGUCGGGAGGACACUCCUAUCCCCAAGAAGCCCCGCACUCCCAAGAAGCCCGACAUGAAGAUGGAGGCCCUUGAGUACGAGGAUAAUGACGCUGAGGUCUAA